GUAACCAUGUCGAGGUACGAUCGAUUAGACGAGGGUGCCUACCACCAGGACCAUUUCGGUGCCAGCAUGAAUCCCAAUGCCAAUCGUACGCCCUCGCCGGGCCACCCUCUCCAAUAUGGCUACCAGCUCGACGAUAACCCAUAUCAGCAUUCCGAUAUGCCGAUGGGUCAUGAUGGCAGGUAUACUCCUGCCGACUCUAUAGAGAUGCACCAAGCCCACUCUAUAGAGAAUAUGGGCAGCCACUACGACCAGAACACGCCCUACCAGGACUAUUCUGUCAACCCCGAAGCCCACCACGAUGGCUACUACAACCAGCCUUACGAUCCUCAGCUCAUCAGCCAAGGCCAAGAUUUUGACGAUAGAAGACCCAUGUUGGACCACCAGCAUUCUGACAUGAGCUCUCAGUAUCAAGACUCAACGGCCCAGCAGCAGCAGCAGCAAGGGCAACAACAAGCGGCAGGUGGAGGCCUUAAGCGCUGGAAGACCGUGAAGGAGGUUCUCCUGUACAAGGGCAAUCUGGUUCUCGACUGUCCCGUGCCACCAAGGCUGCUGAGCCAAGUUCCUCAUGGUGAACGCGACGAGUUCACACACAUGCGUUACACGGCUGCCACGUGCGACCCCAACUUUUUCUACGAGGAAAACUUCACCCUGCGGCAGAAGCUCUUCAGCAAGCCUCGGCACACGGAGCUUUUUAUCGUCGUCACCAUGUACAACGAGGACGAAAUCUUGUUCGCCCGAACUAUGAUCGGUGUUCUGAAGAACGUCGAAUACAUGUGCAAGCGCAACGAGAGCAAGACUUGGGGCAAGGACGCCUGGAAGAAGAUCGUUGUGUGCAUUGUCAGCGACGGUCGUGCCAAGAUCAACCCCCGUACGCGUGCACUACUUGCUGGUAUGGGUGUGUACCAGGAGGGUAUUGCCAAGCAGCAAGUCAACCACAAGGACGUGACGGCCCACAUCUACGAGUACACCUCGCAGGUCGGCAUGCAGAUCAAGAACGACGUCGUCCAGCUGAUACCAAAGCAGCAGCCGGUGCAGCUUCUGUUCUGCCUCAAGGAAAAGAACCAGAAGAAGAUCAACUCCCACAGGUGGUUCUUCUCUGCCUUUGGACGCGUGCUGGACCCCAACAUCUGCGUCCUGAUCGACGCUGGUACGAAGCCUGGCGGUAACUCUAUCUACCACCUCUGGAAGGCGUUCGAUCUCGAGCCCAUGUGCGCAGGUGCCUGUGGUGAGAUCAAGGCCAUGUUGGGAACUGCAGGCAAGAACCUCGUCAACCCUCUUGUUGCGGCGCAGAACUUUGAGUACAAGAUGAGCAACAUCCUCGACAAGCCGCUUGAGUCCGCCUUCGGCUUCAUCUCCGUGUUGCCCGGUGCUUUCUCGGCGUAUCGAUAUGUGGCUCUUCAAAACGACAAGAACGGCCAGGGCCCUCUGGAGAAGUACUUUGCAGGUGAGAAGCUUCACGGUGCUGGUGCUGGAAUCUUCACUGCGAACAUGUACCUCGCCGAAGAUCGCAUUCUCUGCUUCGAGCUCGUCACGAAGCGGAACUGCCACUGGCUGCUUCAAUACGUCAAGUCUGCCAAUGGUGAGACUGACGUGCCUGAUACCAUCACCGAGCUCAUUCUCCAGCGUCGUCGGUGGUUGAACGGUUCCUUCUUCGCCGCCAUCUACGCCAUCGCUCACUUUUACCAAUUUUUCCGAUCCGACCAUUCUCUGUUUCGAAAACUGGCCUUCUUCGUUGAAUUUACGUUCAACACCAUCAACAUGAUCUUCGCCUGGUUUGCUAUUGGCAACUUCUUCUUGGUCUUCAAGAUCUUGACAGCAAGUCUGGGAGAUUCUGAUCUCUUAGGCACCGUCGGCACUAUCCUCGGUGUGGUCUUCGAAUGGUUAUACGGAAUUUCACUUAUGACCUGUUUCGUCCUCUCCAUGGGUAACCGACCUGCUGGUUCCGGGCCAUAUUACAUGGCAAUGGUUGUCUUUUGGGCCAUUAUCUUCAUUUACCUUAUGUUUGCAGCCGUGUUCAUCUCAGUUAAGGCCAUUGAAACCGACCUGCAAGACAACAGCUUUAGCAUCAGCGAGCUCUUCAAGAACGAGGUCUUUUACACGUUGAUCGUUUCCGUCAUGUCAACCUACGGCAUCUGGCUGAUCGCAUCGCUUCUCAUGUUCGACCCUUGGCACAUGUUCACCUCGCUGGUGCAGUACAUGAUGCUGACACCCACUUUCACCAACGUCCUCAACGUCUACGCCUUCUGCAACACACACGAUGUCUCGUGGGGUACCAAGGGAGAUGACAAGCCCGACAAGCUUCCCUCCAUCUCCACCAAAGAUGGCCAGGGUAAGACAGACCUACCCGACGAGGGCGACCUGAACGCCCAAUACGAUCGCGAGGUGCAAGUGUUCAGCCGGAAGCCUGUGAAGGAGGUCUCAACCCCCACCCCCGCACAGCUCGAUGAGAAGCAGCAAGACUACUACCGCGGCGUACGUACGGUGGUCGUGUUGAUGUGGAUGAUUACGAAUUUUGCGCUUAUUGCAGUCGUUUUAUCUGCCGCUGGCCUGGAGAAGAUCGGCACGACGACGAACACCGAUACCGAUGAGACCGAGACCACACGCACGACAAUCUACAUGGCAGUUGUGCUGUACUCGGUCGCUGUGCUGUCUGGAUUCAAGUUCUUGGGCGCAAUGUGGUUCUUGGUGGUGAGGAUGUUCAGGGGCGUAUGAAAGGUUAUAUCCCCUCCUGGAUUCAAUGUUCUCUUGUUAUUUGCAGUCUCUGUUCUCUUCUCCCGCACCACGGCUGGAUGCCUAGUGGAAGACGGUAAAAAGGAAAAUAUUUCUUGUUUCGUGCGCUGGCGGCGAUGGGUUUUUUUUUUCUUUCCCUUACUUCUACAUACCCCAUUUCUUCCUGGAGUGAGACAUUACAACGGAUCGUUUGAUUUUUUUUGUUUACUUCUCAUUUUUAUCCUUCAGCAUGGCGAAAUGAAAUGAAAUCCUAGACCC